ACUUUCCUUUGCUUAGCGGCAUUAAGCAUGUUGACGCUUGCAUGCUAGCUCUGUUUACGUAGACACAUGUGCAGCUAGUUAGUAUUUUUGUAAAAAAAAAAAUUAAAUAAAAAUAAAAAAAGUACAGCGAGCUUUACCUUCAUGUGAGCUGUAGUCAAGAUGGGAAAGCCGAAAAAGAAGAGUGACCUCAGCAGGGCUGAACUGAUGAUGAUGACGAUUGCAGACGUCAUCAAACAGUUGGUUGAGGCUCAUGAGCAGGGGAAAGAUAUCAAUCUUAACAAAUUGAAGACAAAGACCUCAGCGAAAUAUGGGCUCUCAGCACAACCACGGCUAGUAGACAUCAUCGCUGCGGUGCCACCCCAGUACCGACGAGCCCUCGUGCCAAAGCUGAAAGCCAAACCCAUUCGCACAGCCAGUGGGAUUGCUGUCGUUGCGGUGAUGUGCAAGCCCCAUCGCUGUCCUCACAUCAGUUUCACAGGGAACAUUUGUGUAUACUGUCCGGGUGGUCCUGACUCUGAUUUUGAAUAUUCCACACAGUCUUACACAGGCUAUGAGCCAACUUCUAUGAGGGCCAUCCGAGCACGCUACGAUCCCUAUUUACAGACAAGACACAGGGUGGAACAGCUGAAGCAACUGGGCCACAGCGUGGAUAAGGUGGAGUUUAUUGUAAUGGGCGGCACAUUCAUGGCUCUGCCUGAGGACUACAGAGAUUACUUCAUCCGCAACCUGCACGAUGCACUGUCAGGACACACUUCUAACAACGUAGCCGAGGCCGUCAGGUACUCUGAGCGCAGUAACACUAAGUGCGUUGGGAUCACCAUCGAGACGCGGCCAGACUACUGCCUGAAGAGGCACCUGAGUGACAUGCUGGCGUACGGCUGCACCAGGCUGGAGAUCGGCGUGCAGAGCGUUUACGAAGAUGUGGCUCGGGACACCAACAGGGGGCACACGGUGCGAGCCGUGUGCGAGUCUUUUCAUCUGGCUAAAGACGCAGGCUUCAAGGUGGUGUCCCACAUGAUGCCUGACCUGCCCAAUGUGGGCAUAGAGCGAGACGUGGAGCAGUUCAUAGAGUUCUUUGAGAAUCCGGCAUUCCGGCCAGAUGGACUGAAGCUCUACCCUACGUUAGUGAUCCGGGGAACAGGUCUGUAUGAGCUGUGGAAGACGGGCCGCUACAAGAGCUACUCGCCCAGCACUCUGGUGGACCUGGUGGCCCGCAUCCUGGCACUGGUGCCACCCUGGACCCGAGUGUACCGCGUACAGAGGGACAUCCCCAUGCCACUGGUUACCUCUGGUGUGGAACAUGGAAACCUGCGAGAGUUGGCACUGGCCCGAAUGAAGGACAUGGGAACCGAGUGUAGAGAUGUGAGAACCAGAGAGGUGGGAAUCCAGGAGAUCCACCAUAAAGUGCGACCAUACCAGGUGGAGCUGAUCCGACGAGACUACGUGGCCAACGGAGGCUGGGAGACGUUCUUGUCGUAUGAGGAUCCUGAGCAGGACAUCCUGAUCGGGUUGCUGAGGCUCCGCCGAUGUUCACCGCAGUCUUUCCGGCCAGAGCUCAAGACCGCUGUGUCGAUUGUGCGCGAGCUGCAUGUGUAUGGCAGCGUGGUGCCCAUCAGCAGCCGAGAUCCCAGCAAGUUCCAGCACCAGGGUUUCGGGAUGAUGCUGAUGGAGGAGGCAGAGAGGAUAGCCAGAGAUGAACACGGCUCCGCCAAACUCGCCGUUAUCUCAGGUGUAGGGACUCGGAAUUAUUACAGGAAGAUGGGUUACGAGCUGGAGGGGCCGUACAUGGUGAAACGCUUGGACUGAAAGCAGGACAGUGAAAUACAGAGAUUUUUAUCAGACACAGAAAUAAUAUUGUGUUUAAAGUGGGGGUGGGGUUUGUGUGUGUGUGACAUAUGUGAGAAGGGAAGAACAUAUUACAGCAAGCUAGGAUGUGACUAAGAAACUGUACACAGUUAUUUUAGGGUUGGUUAAACAGUGAGAAAUUUCAUUUUAUAUACAAAUUCAGAUCCUUAUUAUUAAUUCAAGUUUUCCGACUUGAAUUGUACAGCUUAAGUUGCAUUUUCCUGACUCAUCUGUUCAUUCUCUUCUUUUUUGACAAAUAAAGAAUAUUCGUCUCA